UUGCAAAUCACAUAUUAGUGAUAAAUAAAUAAAAAUGACUAUAUUGGGAAUGUACCCCGGCGGGGGAAGUUUCUCAGAAUUCAGGUAAUCUUCCUUGAGUUGAGUAGGCCGAUCUUCACUCCCACUCCCACAACUCUCUCCGUCUCUACUCUACUCCUACAUCGCCGCCGCACGCCGCCCCUCUGACCGUCGAGGCUUCCCCACAGUGUACCAACAACAAUUUGAAGACCUUCCCUUCCCUUCAAAUCCACGCCCAAUCCCCAUUCGGAACCUCUGCCUCUACUGCUUCUCUUUUCAUCUGCUAGCUGCUGUACCUGCCUCCUUGCGAAUCUCUAAGGCAAGACCUUUUUCCGCUUGCCGUUCUAAUCUUCUCCCCAUUUAGUUUCUCAACUUUUCACUCUGAAUUAAGUUUACGUACUACUUACUAGUUCUAGUUUGAAAGCAGUCUGUGUUUUCAUUUGUUCUUCUAACUGUAAGUACUGAGGUUUAUUUUGCGAAGAGCAGCAAUUCACUUCUGGAUUGAUUGCGAUUUUCAGCAAUAAUGGCGAGGCGUUAAACCUGGAGUCGUUUAUUGAGCUUAUCGGCUCGUAUAUCUGUCCCGAGGUAUGGAAUUCAGACUUCUAAACUGUAAGAUAAUACAACUUCCGCAUUUGAUCUCCUACAAGCUCAAUUUAUUUUCUGGAGGAGAUCAGCUGCCAAAAAUUAGACGCGGACCAGACAUCUCUGUCUCAUGGUUAUCAAAGUGCUUGCCAAACAAUAAUGCAGCAUGCUAUGAGUGUGUAAAUGAAUGUUAUUUGCUAAUGAUCAUGAACUUUCUCUCGUUAACUAAUCUCGUAUGAUUGAUGGGUUCCAAAUGUUUCAUCUUUUUGCAGACAACUUCAGCUGAUUGGCGAAAUGCAGCGAGUUUUCUUGCGUAUAUGCAAUCUUGUUAAGGAACAUUCUGCUCCUCGUCCCUCUCAACUGAAAUGUGGUCCUUUCUGUCUCACGUGGAAACAGCCAUGCCAGAAACUCCAUAACCUAGCCAAUGGGAGCUCCACUUCAGAUGAUGGCGCAGAUCGGUUUGGUGUUGCGUGUUUGAAUGGGCACCUUGAGCAAGAUGAUAAAGUCAACAACUUUGACGAGUUUGCAAGGGAUGUGGAGAAAGUUUAUAGAAUUCUCAGGAAAUUCCAUUCAAGAGUUCCUAAAUUAGAGCUUGCUUUACAAGAAUCGGGUGUUCCCGUACGUGCUGGGUUGACGGAGCGCGUUUUGAAUCGUUGUGGCGAUGCAGGGAAUUUGGGGUAUCGGUUCUUUGUGUGGGCGUCCAAGCAGCCUGGGUAUAGGCACAGUUAUGAGAACUAUAAGGCUAUGGUGAAAAUUUUGAGCAAAAUGAGACAAUUUGGAACUGUUUGGGCUUUGCUCGAGGAAAUGCGGAAUGAUAACAGCAUGUUGAUAACGAGUGAUUUGUUUGUAGUUUUGAUGAGAAGAUUUGCUGCUGCGAGAAUGGUUAAGAAGGCAAUUGAGGUGUUGGAUGAAAUGCCCAAGUAUGGAUGUGAGCCCGAUGACUAUGCAUUUGGCUGCUUAUUAGAUGCGUUAUGUAAAAAUGGUCACGUUAAGGAAGCUGCCUUGCUGUUUGAGGACAUGCGAAUGAGGUUUGAGCCUAGCUUGAGGCACUUCACUGCUUUGUUGUAUGGUUGGUGCAAACAAGGGAAGUUAAUGGAGGCUAAGCAUGUUUUGGUGCAGAUAAGAGAAGCUGGGUACGAACCAGAUAUUGUUGUGUAUAAUAAUCUUUUGAGCGGGUAUGCAAUGGCAGGCAAAAUGGUUGAUGCAUUUGAUUUGUUGAAGGAGAUGAGGAGGAAAGGGUGUGAACCAAAUGCUAAUUCUUAUACAAUUUUGAUUCAGGCACUCUCCAAGCUGCAAAAGAUGGAGGAUGCUAUGAGGGUGUUUGUUGAGAUGGAAAGAAAUGGAUGUGAGGCAGAUAUUGUAACUUAUACUACAUUGAUCAGUGGCUUCUGCAAAUGGGGCAAGGUUGAGAAGGGGUAUCAGAUUUUGGACAGUAUGGUAAAGAAAGGCCUGAUGCCUAAUCAGUUGGCUUACAUGCAUAUUAUGUUGGCCCACGAAAGGAAGGAUGAGCUGGAAGAGUGCAUAGAUUUGAUGGGGCGGAUGCAGAAUGAUGGCUGCACCCCUGAUCUUUGUAUAUAUAAUGUGGCAAUCCGACUUGCUUGUAAGUUGGGUGAGGUGAGUGAGGGCGUUCGGCUCUGGAAUGAGUUGGAAGCAAGUCCCUUUAGCCCAGGGUUUGAUACCUAUGUGAUUAUGAUUAAUGGGUUCAUUGGCCAGGAAGGAGGUUUAGUGCAGGCUUGUGAGUAUUUCAAAGAAAUGGUCGGGAGAGGGUUGCUAUCUGCUCCUCAAUAUGGCAUCUUGAAGGACUUAUUGAACGCUCUGCUAAGAGACGGGAAGCUUGAACUGGCUAAAGAUACUUGGAACUGUAUUAUGGCUAAAGGUUGUGAUCUCAAUCUGGAUGCCUGGACAAUUUGGCUACAUGCACUGUUCUCAAGUGGGCAUGUGAAGGAGGCUUGCUCGUAUUGCCUGGAGAUGAUGGAUGCUGAUGUCAUGCCACGUCCUGAUACUUUUGCUAGACUAAUGCGUGGCUUAAGGAAGUUGUACAACAGACAAUUUGCUGCAGAAAUCACAGAGAAGGUCAGGCAGAUGGCAGCAGAGAGGCAGGUGACAUUCAAGAUGUACAAACGACGAGGAGAGAGGGAUUUAAAAGAGAAAGCCAAGUUAAAACAAGAUCCAAAGAAGAGGAGAGCUCGUAGACAGCACCGGGGUGGAGUUCAUGGAAAAGCUACAAUUUUAUAGCCAUUUAUAGUGAAAUUACUAGGAAGACCGAGUUGCUUGAGAUGGGAACAGCUAGUUUUGUACUGGUUUUCCCUCUUGGAGCAAAGAAGUGCUGAAAUAUAUGUAGCUGCAUGAUAUAUUUUUGAGCUUUUCAGACAUGAAGCAUGGCUGCCUUUUGCAUUGACCCCACUUUCUGGUCCAAUUUGGAGCACUAGUGAGGUUGGCCAAUCUAACCGGACAUACUGUUCGAUGCUUGUUCGUGCCUAGCAGGUUAUUAGAAGGUAUGUUGGCGCUUCAAUCUUGUCAUCUUCCUCUGACUGUUCCCUUCUUUCAGUUGCUGUCUUGAAGCGGAUGUGUAGUUCAUCAUUUAGAUAAAGGAACAUAUCAAACAAAUAUGUCCCAUGCAGAAGUGAGAAUCUAAGUUGUUAUUUUCAUCUCCAAGUUAGGACAAUUAGAACUGAUUAGAGAGUUUGAGCUUUCCUGGCCGAAAGUUCUUCGUAUUCUUAUUUCUUCAAUCCCUCCUCCCUUUUUCUCCUUUGUUCAUGACUGCAGAUUGUACCAAUGACCUCCUAUCCAAGAGGUAUGAGCAGAACAAGUGAAAGACGAGAAGACCGGAAUUACCUCUGCAGUAACAGUCACGAUGACUGCUUCAAAUCCUUGGUAUCUGGUUUCAUCUUCAUUUCCUCCAUGCAUUGAACAGGCUGUCUACCUGUUAAGUACAUGCUCUACUGAUAACACACUUAGUAUGUCGAUCUUUCCUGGCUGUACAUAGAGGUGCCAUAUUGCCAUCUUUUGAUUCCAUGCUGUGCUCUGUAGUCUGUAGUACGAGAUACAAAAAUGGUCUGCAUUUCCAAGUUAAAGAGGCAUCUCCUUUACCCAGAUAGAUGUACAUUUUUUUUUUAAAACGCAGACUCGUACUGUGGCGUAACGUAAGGCAGGCAACCUUUGCCUUGCCUUUGUGUUGCCGACAAAGCGCUGGCUGGCUGGGCCAAAUAGACCCAGAGCGUAAAUCAUGCCAAAUGAGAAGGUCAUCGUCAUCAAAACUCAAGUUGGUUCCGAAAGUUACUUCCUUUUGAUCCCGUCUCUGAUCUCUCCCUUGUAUUGUAUUAUGUUAUAUUAUUUCUCCAUUAAAAAAAAUCAGCCCUCAUAGUCAUAGUAAAUAAACGAAAGAAGAGGUUGGUACAACAGCAGAUGGACUUGGUUGAUUGAGGGGGGCCAUGGCCAUGACUGUGACAUGGCAACGAUUGUAUUAUGUUAAUCUGAUUUUCUUUGGUAAUCAGCUUUAAUUAAUCUUUGUUGAUAAU